AUGAAAGUAUUCGGUUCGCUCCUCUUGCUGUAUGCGGCAGUCAACGGCGGGAGCCCCGCCAAUGGCGCAGCAGUCGGCAAGCAGACGGAUGCGAUGGACCCAGGCCGCAGCACUCAAACUGGACGGCUGAUGCGGAGAGCACAUGUGAUCAAUGAUGUGGGUGCCGAUUCCAACAAGGACCAGAUGACUGCUCUCGUUGACGCUCAUGGGCAGGUCUCUUAUUCAGAUGUCGUAGGUUCCGAUGAGGAUUUUGAGCUUGGUGACAAUGCUUCGUGGGGCGAGGAGGGGCUGAUUGAUCUCAACGAUGACUUGCCGCCUGGUAUCUACGAUGACUUCGAGCUCCCGCCAUUCCCCAAUCAAAGCCUGCUGGAGGACAGCGCUACGGAUUACGAGGCCUCGGGACUCAGUUGUAGCAGCACCUGGCGCUUAUCUGGCAAUACGAACCACAAGGUAAUACCAGAUGGCAACAUCGUAGCUUCGAGUUAUUGGCACAAUAGAGGCGAUCAUGGUAGGGGACAGAUGUGGCGUACCCGUCUCAACAACUAUGGAACGACAUGGUGUGCCCACCACAAUCACAGGAACCAGUGGGUCCAAUGGGACUUUGGAGCUGACAAGAUUGUCACGAGGUCCUUGAAUAUGGGAAGGCACAAUUCUCACCAGUGGGUCAAAUCGUACAAGAUACUGUACAAGUCCAGCAAGCACAACUGGAAGUGGUACCCGCACACCCUGAACGGUGGUCACUGGCGCUGGUGCAGGGUGAACACGCUGAACCCACCGAUUCUUGCGCGCUGGAUCCGAAUCUACGUGCAGACCUGGCACAACCACAUCAGCAUGAGGGCCGAUUGGGACGGCUGCACCCCGGCAGUGCCCGGCCCAAAAGGCGCCCGUGGCGCUCGAGGCGCCACUGGGGCCAGGGGAUCGCCCGGCGCCAAAGGGGCCACUGGGGCCAGAGGGUCGCCCGGCGCCCGUGGUCCCAGGGGCCCUCCAGGCCGCACGGGAGCCAGGGGAGCUCGCGGUUGGAAUGGGCGCAGUGGUGGUCGCGGCGUCCCAGGGCCCAGAGGGGCUACGGGAGCCAAAGGAGUUCCAGGAGCCAAAGGGGCCCCCGGAGCCAAGGGGGCUACAGGAGCCAGGGGGGCCCCCGGAGCCAAGGGGGCCACUGGAGCUACGGGGAGGGCUGGGCGCCUUGGACCGAAAGGAGACAAGGGAGAAAAGGGCGACACGCCCAAGCCGGUUGACUGUGUUUGGGAAACGUGGGCAGCUUAUUCCGACUGCACCAAGUCGUGCGGCACUACGGAUCCUGGCACUCAGGUCCGAUCUCGUGGUUUCAAGGUCGACCCGCAGAACGGCGGCAAGAAUUGCGUAGGAAAGAUGUUCGAGACGAAGAAGUGCAACGUGAAAGCAUGCCCAACUACGGCUACCACUACCACAACGAAGCCGGCGAAGUCCAGCACAGUGUCUCUGCGUGCCAGUUGUCUGUACUCAGUACCCUUGUUUGCAACUGCAUUGAUGUCCUUGUUAUCAUGA